AUGCCCUAUGGCGCAAAAGACUCUACCGAAGAGGAUCUUCAAUGUAUAUACGAUUUAGUGUUGCUCGCUGUUGGUAUCAGCUCUGGAGAAUAUUGGGCAUUAAAAAUGUUCGAUUCGUGGGGUAAGUUCCCCUCCGGUAUAUUGAAAGGAAACCUUUACGAGCUGGGAAGCUUCGAUGAGUGCCUGAAUACUAAAAAUAUUCUUCCCGAGCCGUAUAAAAGUGUCACUGGAAAAUAUUGUUUUCUAUCGGUCACCCCUUCACUACUCCUUGGAAGUACUAAUCCAUUCGCUGCAGCCGUAAAACUUAAUAUAGGAACCUGCUUUCCGAGCUCUUGCCGAGCCAGCCACAUGAAUAACUUUCUCAAGACCAUGUUUAGCAUAAAUACGACCGUUUCCGUACCUGGAAUAGGCAUUUCGGAUAGCAGUUGCCAAACCUUAGAGAAGGAACCAUGGGACGGACUCACCAAAGCCACAAUCUGGAUUUUAGUGGCUAUGGCCGCCAUAGUAGCUCUGUUUACGGUUGUUGAUUAUUUUCUUCGCAAGAUUCCAGAUGAGCUUCCUGCUGUUGUGAAAAUAUUUUCGGCCCGGGCAAAUUCCCGAGCUCUUUUCCAAGUCUCUGACACAAAGUCAAACCCCAACGUAAUCGAAUGCAUCCACGGAAUUCGUUGUAUGACUCUUUUCUGGGUUAUUUUCAGUCAUGAAUAUGUUGAUAGUCUAAUCACAGCAAAUCUUAAUCUUGUGGAUUGGUUCCUUUGGGCUGAGGAACCUUACGCCAGUUUCGUAUUGCACAGCUUUUUCUCUGUGGAUUCAUUUUUUGUGAUCGGAGGCAUGUUGGUGUCUUUCAUUAUGUUGCGUAUAAUGGAGAGAUCCGAUGGUAAACUGAAUGUGAUACUGAUGUAUUUGCAUCGUCUCAUCCGCAUCUGGCCCCUUAUGGCUUUUGCAAUUCUGAUUUACAUGAAGAUGAUGCCAGUUGUGGCUGAUGGACCGCUUUUUAAAAAUGGAUACAGUGGUCUACCCCAAUGUGAGGCAGGAUGGUAUUGGAGCCUUAUAUUCGUGCAGAACUAUGUUUCUAAUAAGUGUGUUGGACAUACCUGGUACUUGGCAGUGGAUAUGCAAUUAUUUAUUUUAUCUCCAAUCUUUCUGUUUGCUUUGUAUAAAUGGGGCAAGAAGGCGGUAGCCGGAAUAGUGGUUCUUGUGCUUCUCCUUUCAGGCUGUCUUUUUGCCACAAUGAUGGUUAACGAUUACUCAAUGCUGAUGAAGAGAACUAGUGUUGAUGCCAUGGCGAAUAUGUACUAUGCAACUCACACCCAUGCUGCUCCUUGGCUAAUUGGAUUCCUUUUCGGAUACUUCCUGCACCUCAACAGGGACAAGAAGUACCAGAUAAACUGGAUGAUAGUGGGGCUGGGUUGGUUCCUCAGUCUGGCCAUGAUCUUUACUUCAAUCUUUGCUCUUUACCCGUCGGGCAAAUGGACUGGGGCCUCUGUUUCCAUUUUGGGAGAAUCUUUCUAUCACACGCUCACUAGGAUUGGUUGGCCUCUGGCCUUGUGCUGGGUGAUCUUCGCCUGUAUCCAAGGAUAUGGUGGCCUGGCCAAUAGCUUCCUCUCCUCUCCUCUAUGGCAACCGCUUUCCAGACUGUCCUACUCCAUAUUUAUUUGGCACUUAUUCAUCGUGGAAGUUAAUGCCAGAAGUGUCAGAACUAAUGUUUAUUUUUCCAACUAUCAAAUGAUGCUCAAGUUCUGGUCAGAUUUGGGAAUUACCAUUUUGGUAUCUUAUGCCUUGCACCUUAUAAUUGAGGCGCCAUUUAGUAGCAUUGGAGAGCAUCUAAAGCCACGAAUUAAAACAAAAGUCACAAAUAAAGAUCAGGUGGACAAUAAUGACAAGAAAGAUUUUGAAACCUCCAGUUCUUCUGCAGACUUCAAUGUUUUUACACCCGAAUCAGAGACAAAUUUGGAACAGGAAAAAGUCUAA